CACUGAAAGUAAGGCUGCUGAUACAAAAUGACUGCUUUCUUCUGGGCUAGACGGCUGGAUACUAUGAGGGCCUUUGAGUUUCUAACCCUGAACUUGUGCCUCAGCUGUAUUUGACAGGCAAUUCCCUCCACAUACCAUUGCCCAUGAGAGAAGGUGCGUUCUAGAUGUAGAUGAGAAUCUGCCCCAUUGGUAAAGGUAACAGUUUCUGGCAAGAGCAGUAUGACUUUCAAGUGUGGAGAUGUGACAGGAAAGGAUGGGAGUUACGUUGGUGGGUGGGUGUCAGAGGUAGGUGUCAGAGGAGCACAGUGAGUGUUGGUGGAAUCGCUAAAAUCAGGGCAGGCUUCAGUGUGUGGUUUAUAGUCUGAUGAACAAAGAUUCAGUGGCAGACAGCUUGUCACUGCAUAUCUCACACAAAGGUGACUGAUAGAUUUGGCAUGUUUGGUUAAUUUCACUAACAUUGUGGACUGUCUUUUUGUAAUUUUUGCCACUGUAACCUGACUCGAAUGGUUGAAGUUCAAUAUACAAGCACACAUGAACGCUAAUGUGACUUAACUAGACACUUGUCUCAGAAAGUAUCUCUCUAUUCCUACAUAAUAAUAUAAUAAAGACUAUAUUAAAAAUAAUGGCGUAAGUUAAAAAGUAUGUGUAAAUAAAUAGUCGAUUUUUCUUCAUUUCGUAGAAAUAAGCAUUAAAACAAGCAGUAUUGAACACCAAUUAACUGAUUCACCAAAUCAACAGGAAACUUUUCAACUCAAGUUAAGUUUCAGCCACUCACAGUGUCUAUAGAAAGCAGGAAAUGUUUUUCAUGAAGAUAAUGAUUAACAUUUUAACCAUAUGUGAGACAGGGCCUUGACAAAACAAUUGACAAUGCGGUACAUUGAGCUCAGCCGUUUCAAGUGAAACUUUCCAGGUGAGACCGAGCUCACACAGCCCACCAGGAUGUUAAAGGUGUAAGCUCAAAAAUCAAGGUUAGUGUGAGAGGGUUACACAAGAGGAUUGCUCUGGAUCCAAAAAGCAGAUUCACUGGAAUUUAAGAAUUCCAUCCAGCUGAAAGAAAACAGAAUCUAUUCGCUGUGUGUAGCAUGCUGUAAUUCUACCAAGACGCACACUGGUUUGCAGCUUGUGCAACACUGUAGAAAUUUCAAGAAGCUCAUCAUUUAUCGGAGGUUGGUUUGCUGCUGUGAUUUAAUUCUACCCCACUCAGCUAUGGACUUUAACCCCCCUCCCCUUUUUUUUCGCAAGGCCACUGUAAUCUGAGGGUCUGUUUCCUGUUUGCAUCUGUAAACACUCCCCUAUCUAAGCCAGGCUACUGGCAAACAGAACAUAAAAUAUUCAGGCCUGUGCAACAGAUAGAAGUGAAGGCGAGCAACUGAGAAUGCAACAGGAGAUUUGUACAGUUGAUGUCAAGUCUACUCUAAGGGUGUGAUGCAGGUAUGUUCCCACAUCAGAAACAGAGGGUCUCCGCUUCUCGUUCCCCAUCCAUACAGUUACUGGCAUAGCAUCAACCCAUGAUGUAUGAUGCGAGUGCUUAAUUGGUCUCUCCAGUUUUCUACCUUUAACCCCCCCCCCCAUUUUUCUCUUCGUCCCUGGCUUGGCAAGGUAGAGGGAUAGAUUUAUAAGCCGCUGACACCAGUGUGAGCAUGUGGCCAACAGUGACACAUUGCUCAAGAUGAAGAAGAAUAACAUACCUCCUUUCUGCCGGGGUUAGAGUAAACAAAGAAGUUACAACUAUGCUAUUUUUUAAACAAAAAAUAUUGGUAUUAGACAUGAAUUGGUUUGUUGACCCACACUGGAGUUUUUCUAGAGAGAAUCAUAGCUGUUUGAAUAGGUCAUUUGUCCAUUUACGUGUCCUUGUCUACCAGUACAACAAAUACAUGAAAGAACCAGGAAAAAAAGUCAAUCUAAAUCCAAUAACAGCAUGGGAAUAUUGCAUUAUUUAUUGAGGAGUGAACAGUUGCAUCUACUUAUCUAAUCAUUCAAAUGUUCAAAUAGGAGCCACUAGUUAGAAUUAAUUCAUCUGUUUUAUCUGCUCUGUUUUAUCCAUCCAUCCAUUUUCCAAACCGCUUAUCCUACUGGGUCGCGGGGGGUCCGGAGCCUAUCCUGGAAGCAAUGGGCACGAGGCAGGGAACAACCCAGGAUGGGGGGCCAGCCCAUCGCAGGGCACACUCACACACCAUUCACUCACACAUGCACACCUACGGGCAAUUUAGCAACUCCAAUUAGCCUCAGCAUGUUUUUGGACUGUGGGGGGAAACAGGUUUUUAUCAUGUUGCUUCAUAUAUAAUAUAUACGCAUCUUUAUGUGCAUUUAUUGACCAUGAUGUAUGUAUGUAGAGAUUACUGAUAUAUUUGUGUGUAUUUAUGGACAAAAAUGAAACGAUAAAAACUGAAAAAGACAUUGCUGCCUUCAAUAUAGUAAUUAUUAUGGAAGAUUAGAUAAUUAGUGACUGGUAAGUAUGUGCCUGGAUAUAAAUCUAAGCCUCUCAGUUGUGUCAUUGCUUGCUGUUGGUGUCAGGGUGAUGACAUCCUCUUGUAUGUCACUGCUGAUGCUGGCUGACAAAACUGACAGUAAGGCCUCUCUCGCGCAGUGGUAUAUUCCAGCUGGAUCAUAAAGCUAGUGCUCUUUAGCAGUUGCCUGCUUCCAUGUUUGUCACAAACCAUUUCUGCAAUUUGGUUGGACUCUUGCAUCACAUGACCUAAAAUAAUGCACUAGCCUUCCUGUGGCUGUUCUUCGGUUUGCAGGAUGAUUGCAGGGCUUGAUAGGAGAAUGUAAAUGUUGGUUUUGAAGGGCCUCUGUGGAGAACCCUAUUGUAAGUAUUUCUACAGAGCAAAACAUGAAACUCUACACUGUUCUGUAAUGACUGAGAUGCUUAGGAAGGAAGACAGAGACCCAGUGUCCCAGAUCCUAAAUCUGCCUAAAAGUCAACCAUUAACCAUGAGACAAACAGAGCGACGGCAAACAAGAUGCAGAGUAAACAAUCUCUGGGUGUUUCGGGGAUGAUCUGCCUGUCACGUGCAGCCCCAGAGGAAUCGGCAAAGUCAGAAUGUAGAGAAACAGAUGGGGCCAUGCGAACAGUAAUGAAGAAGAGAAGGGCACCGAACAAAUCUGAGCAUGAAAGGAAUACUGCGAUAUUACGGUAUCCUGGCGACUCGUGCUCUGCAGCUCAACGGGAGUUGGGAGAUUCACCCAAAGAGAAGGAAAGGGCCCAUUUCUCACGGCAGAACCUCCAGCUCAGGUGGUGCUGAGAUCCCAGCUGCACUGCGCCAAGGACUCACAGGACCUGCCCUUAUGUCUUGGAUGAUGACUUCCUCCUUUGAACCCAGGGCCAGAGCAGCUGUUUGGAAGGGAUUCUCUCACUCUUUCUCACACUCCAUGUCUUGCUUGUCAUGCGCAGUACAAAGACUAGGCAGCUAAAAAGGUUUAUGUGUGUCGGUGUUCAAGACAGCAGUGCACAUGAAUAUUGUGCUAGGCAAUGGGAUCCGUGAAAUAGUUAAUUUAAUCUUGUGGGAAUAAGAGAUACUGUCAAUCACUUGAGUUAUUCAACUCACUCCUGGCACCUCGAAGGACAACUGCACCAGCACCUACUAGUGGUGCAUCAGACACUUGCGUUCACCCGCUGUCGCUCACUGACAGUGAGUAGAACCCAGAAGGCUGUAAUGAAGAGGAACCGCCUGCUGAUUUAUUUAUCUAAGCAUUAGAAACAAAUUUCUAGAACAAAAAUUAGAAAUGCGUCAAAAUAGGAGCCAUGACAGAAUUUUUAAAAACGUGAACCGAUUGUAUGACCAAAGAGAAGAGGAUCUCAGGUUUGGGUGAUCACCACAAGAAUACGAAGUAACAAUGAGAAUGACAAAAACGUUUCUCCCCUUACAGGCAUGACACGUUUGUAAGCGUUGAGGCGCAAAAACAGUGACCUAAAUGAGGGAGUGGCAGGAGGCGGAGCUGACCAUGCCAGGCAGUGGCUUUCUGUCUAUGACGGAUGGCUUUGGCAUUGUGGAGCCUCUGCAGUAUUAUGACGUCCUGUCAGACUCCUUGAGCUACCCUCUCCAGGAGCCCGAGCUGCACGGCUCGCCCUACGCCCAGCAGCAAUAUGGCUCUAUCGGCCUGCCCUUUUGCCCGCAGGGGGCAGCAGCACCACAGCCCUGCUAUUCGCCGUAUGCCUACGCCUCAUCCUGCCUGGAGCCGCCCCCCGAGACCUCAAUGGAGCAACUCGUAGGUGUGGUAGGAUUACAGCAGAUAAAGCGGCCGAGGCCAGGUCCUGGAGGGCGGACCAGGGGCCCCGGGGAGCUCUGCAUGGUGUGUGGAGACAAGGCCUCAGGGUACCACUACAACGCACUGACCUGCGAGGGCUGCAAAGGGUUUUUCAGGCGCAGCAUUACAAAGAAGGCUGUUUACCGCUGCAAAAGUGGCGGAGGCUGUGAGAUGGACAUGUACAUGCGGCGAAAGUGUCAAGACUGUCGUCUGAGAAAGUGCCGUGCUGUGGGCAUGCUGGCUGAGUGCCUGCUGACAGAGGUGCAGUGCCAAUCCAAGCGUCUUAGGAAGAGUGUCAAGCAAUCAAACAAGUCAGAAUGCAAGCAGGAGGAGGAAGAGGACAGUGUGGAGGGAAAGGCUGUUUCUUCUACUUGUAGGGUUGUAGGACAGGUGUCUGCAGGCCUCUCGAGAGAGGAGCAGGUCAUAGUGGAAGGGAUUGUGGAGGCUCACCGUCGGUACAGGGCACAGGACCCUGCUCAUACUUGGGUACUCAAGUUGCCCAGGAUAGAUAACCUGGAAUCCAAGCUGGAGGAUCCCUCCUCCCCAAAUUGUCAAAGGCUGUUAGAGUUCUCCGGCAGUCUUCCAGGGUUUGAACUCCUGGACUACACUGAUCAGGUGGCCUUGCUCUGUAGCUCGUCUGUGGAAGUCAUGUUCCUGCUCUCUGCCCAGCUCCUCGCCCUGGGAACCACUCCAGAGACCCUGCCCUUACCCCUGUUAGCAUUGUACCCCAUGGGGAAGGACGCCUCACUCUUUCCCUGGCUAAAACCCCCCCACUCCAAGCAGAGUACCUCCUCAGGUGCCAUUGAAGAGCUGCUGAGACCAGCAAUAAACUUCUUCCACAGCAUGGUGGCUCUAGGGGUGACAGAGGCAGAGUAUGCUCUUCUUACAGCCACUGCACUGCUGUGUUCAGACCGAACUUGCCUCCAAGCCCCCACACGAGUAGAGGUCCUGCAGGAGCAUAUCCUGGAGCUGCUGUCUCGGGUGUGUGAGCUGCCACAGGGCCCCCAUGGAUCUCUGGACCCUCAGCGGUUUGCACGACUAUUGGGGCGACUCACAGAGCUGAGGACACUGCGCCACAAUCACCUGAUCUUGUUGGGGCACCAGCCUUGGGGAGCCUAUGUCCAGUGAGGCGAGGCUGGGUGGGGGGAUUCAGAAUGGAAUAACCAUAGGAGACCUAGGUAAAGAUAAGGAGAUAAAGGGCCUUUAUGUAAGACAUGUCUACCCUUAUUUUUCUUUAAUUUCCUUAAUUAGACUGAAUUUUUCAGUAACAUUUUAUACUUCAUGCACAAUUAUUACAUAAUAAACUCUACCAACUGUCAAUAAAGUCAACAAAAAAUUUUAAACACAUUUCACACCGAUUAUUUGGUAUUGGGCAUCUUGUAUAUUUAUAUAUAAUUGUGAUUUGUCUAUGCUGUAUUAAGCAAUAAUAAACUCCUUUUCCCAAA